AUGUUUUCCCUUUCAGAAGAGUCCAAGUGGCUACCUGCCCCUGGUUCUCUACCUUGGCUAUACCCGCAGCGAGCCCCGGCCAGCCAUAAUCCGCCUCCUGUCUCCCCUCUCGUAAAGUUCACUUGGCGACGACGAUACGGCCAACGGCGUCAAGGCAAGCUCCUGGACAUGUCUCGAGACCCUGUGCGAGCCGGCAAUGGGCCACGGGUUCUUGUCAAUGGCAUGCGUGCAAGACACAGCACCUAA